AGUGAGACUGCCAUAUGAAAAAAUCGCUAGGUACUGGUUUUUCUUAACAACAACAUAAUUGAAGUAUGUAUAAUAUUAUACGUACAUAUUACAUUUUGAAUAUUGUGUCCUGAUUUGCAUACUUACAUUAAAUAUGAGUUCAACUACGAGUGAGUGUACAUCGGUAGCAGGUUUUUUUGAGGGAAAAUCUGUUUUUAUAACCGGAGUAACAGGGUUUCUCGGAAAGGCACUCUUGGAAAAGCUGCUGUACAGCUGCAAUGGCAUUGACAAGAUCUACGUUUUGUUGCGCCCUAAAAAAGGACUCAGUCCUACCGAAAGAGUACAGAACAUUUGUAAUAGCUUAGUAUUUCAAAGGUUAAAGAGCAACAGACCGGAAGAUCUAAACAAAGUCAUCCCCGUGACUGGGGACCUGAGUGCACCCGGCUUAGGUCUCAGCGCAAAAGACGAAGAGGCUUUGCUCAAUAACGUGUCGGUGGUAUUCCACUCCGCAGCCACGGUGAAAUUGAACGGGCCACUCCGAGUCGCUGUAGCCAUCAACCUGGAGGGCACCAUCAAAGUGCUGGCACUGUGCAAACGCAUGCAAAAGAUACGUGCAUUUGUCUACGUAUCGACAGCCUACACUAACACGAAUCAGGAAGUGGUGGAGGAGAGGGUUUACCCCCCUCCAGCGAAUAUCGACGCGGUCUACAAGUUCCUCAAAGAGCACGGCGACGACGAGGAAGCCACCAAGAGAUUUCUGAAUGGACGGCCAAACGCCUACUGUUUCAGCAAAUCCCUGGCUGAAGCGUACCUGGUGGAACACCACGGAGAUGUGCCCAUAGUCAUUUUGAGGCCAUCUAUUGUAGUACCAGCGCGUAGUGAACCGCUGGCAGGUUGGGUGGACGCAUGGCAAGGCAAUACCAUGGCCUUGGCUCAUGUGGCGAGAGGCUUUCUACGGGUCCUUUUGUGUGACGCGAAACUAGUUGCUGAUCUGAUUCCGCUGGAUUACGUGAUCAAUAUGGCUAUCGUGUCCUCCGUUCACUCUAAACAAGGCGAGGUGUUGGUCUACAAUUGCUGUACAAGCGAAGUCAACCCAAUCACAUGGAGAACGAUGUUUGAAUUAUUUCUCAAGGCGAGCAAGGCAGAUAAUUUUCAUAAGUUGCCUUUCCCGGGAGCAGUGAUGACCAGAUCCCGUGUAAAGUUUGCAGUAGGCAGUUUCUGCCUUCACACUGUUCCAGCUUAUGCCUUGGACGCGUGGCGAACGGUCAAAAGGAAACGGAACAAGUACAUUCGGCUCAGCAAACAGAUGUACAUCCUCCGGGAUUUCAGCGCGUUCUUCACGACGCACCGCUGGGUGAUGCGCAGCGGCGGCGCGUGCGCGCUUGCGGAGGCGCUGAGCGACACCGACGCGCGCCUCUUCCCCUGCCACCCCGCGCAUGUGCACUGGCCCUCCUACAUGCCCGUCUACUACAGGGGCGUCAAUGAGUUUUUAUUUGGUGGCAAAAAUUAACGUGUUUGCUAGGAUGUUUGAGCUGAUCAAAGUUAAAUUACUGAUAAUUUAUUUAAAAACCGAAAUAAAU